AUGGCGCAACCCACCGCCGGGGAUUUUCAGCAAGCUAUGCAACAGAUGCAAGGCUUAGCCCAGAGAGUGACCGAACUUACGCAAGAGCUUCAGAUAAGCAGACAGCGCGAGUCGGUGCUGGAGAGCAGAAUAGAACAAAGUGCUCACAUGACCGAUUUGGUCAGAACAAUUGCCGACGGGCAAACUAGAAUGACUGAAGAGCUUGUGAGAAGUCGGGGCAAAGAACUCACGCUAGUCGACAACCGAGGUGUAGCAAAGCCCGACAGGUUCAAAGGAGAAGAGUCACACUACUUACAGUGGAAAACGAAGACAGAAAGCUUUAUCUUCUCAGUGUUUCCUGAGCUAGAGAAAGCCCUUGAAUGGGCGGAGGAGCAAGAGGCUGCAAUCAGCAUGGCGCAGGUCCGGGCCGCAUUCGGCACCGGAGGCGCGCAAGGAGAAAUAGAUGGGUACGAGAACAAGUUUGCCCAGCUAUACGCUGUGUUGCAGAGCCUGCUUGAGGAUGAGCCGUUUUCCAUCAUCAGGAACAUAUCGAAAGGAAACGGUCUAGAAGGAUGGAGGAAACUGGCAAGAAGAUACGACCCCGCGACGGGCGGAAGAAAGAAAAGCCUCCUGAAACAUAUCCUGACACCUGAGCGGCAGAAGCUUUCAGAGCUAUCAGCCUACCUAGAGCAGUGGAUGGAACUUGUGCGGAGAUACGAAGAAAGACGAGGAGCCGGUGGAAGGGCCGAGCUUCCCAAUGACAUAAAGAUCUCCAUCCUGGAGAGCAUCUGUCCAGUCGAGCUGGAAAAACACUUACAGCUAAACAGACAAAGGCUGGACACCUUUGAGGAGGUGUACGACGAAAUAGCGUCGUACUUGGAAACGAGAGUAGGAAUAAAACUGAAGAUUGGCACGGGCCAUCCGUCCAAUCCAGAUGCGAUGGAUGUCGGGAGUUUCGGAAAAGGAGGAAAGAAAGGAAAAGGAAAAGACAAAGGGAAAGGAAAGCCAAAGGGCAAAGACAAAGGAAAGGGAAAAGGCGGUGGAAACAAAGGACACGACAACAACAAGAAGAACGACCCGAACGUAUGCAACGUAUGUGGCAAAACCGGCCAUUGGGCGAGAGACUGUUGGUACAACAAAGGCCCGCAAGGCAAGAAAGGAGGUGGAAAGAAAGGCAAGGGAAAAGGAGGAAAGCACGGCAAGACGAAAGGAGCAAACAGCAUGGAGGAAGCAGAAGGCGAAGAGGAACCCAAACAAGAACCGGAAGCAGAGACAGGGUUUCUGCUGUUGUGCGCGCUAGAGAAAGAAGAGAGAAAGAAGGGUUCUAGUAGUGAGGGUUCGGAGCGCAAGGGUCGAGAGAGCGUAGAAGGAGAAAGCGGACAGUAUCCGCAGCCGGUUCGGGCAGCGGAGGGCUCGGUAGAGAGUAGCCCGGUAGCCCGCGGCGCCUUGUGCUCUGAAGCCGCGAUGGCCCCGAAGCAGAGCAUAUGGUUUGAAGAGCAAGAGGGGCCGAAAGGAAAAGAGGUGAGAAUGGAAGGAAGAGGAAAAGGAAAAGAGAAAAGUGGAAAGGGGAAAGGUGGUGUGCCGCCGGCUGUCUCGGCCGUGGCCACCAUUACUGCCCCAACUCUCGAGGGCGUUCCGGAGCGCAUCCGAGCGCUAGCUGAACAGAGGGCGAACCGCAGAGCUCGAGAGGACACCGCCUGCGACUGGAGAGAGGUUCCAGAUACGGCGUACCGUCAGCGCUUGAUGGCUGCUCGAGAGGUCACCUUGGGCAAACGAGGCAGCAUAGCGCAGGCGGUCUACCACCGUAUGUUGAGUGACAACACUGGGCUUGAUGAAGCCUGCAGCAGCUGCGACGACCGAACAAAGAAGCUGAAAGGUGUUGGCUGCUUGACAUCUACCUCCUGGACUAACUCCUCGGUGGCAGCGGGCCCUCUUGUGAGGGAGCGAAAGAUGUCUAGUUAUCACUGCGGUGACAAUGUGAAGAAGCAAGAACAAAAGCAAGAAUCAAGCAAAGAGGUCAAAGUUGACCCUGUCAAGAAACAACUUCAAGAUCCCAAGGAGGACGAUGGAGAGGCCUCUGCGCCCUACACACAAGAUGCCAAGAUAGCUCAGAGCUACCAACAGGGCCGCACAGGUGGCUCGGGCCGUAAGCUGGGCUGUGAGCAGGCCCCUGAAGCACUCGACGCUGAGACACAGCUUGCGCCUUGGCCUCCUUCCGUGGUCCCGACCUCUGAGUGCAAGUGGUACACCAGGGUUUGGGAGGCCGUCUGGGUGUGGUACUCCGCGUUGUUCUUCGACCCGUUUUGUGGCACGCGAGUAGGAGAGGCCUCGCACCCAGGCCCUGGAGGUUUGGCUGCGGCCAGGAGAAAGAAAACGCAACUUAAGGACACGGGCCUCAACCAGAAAGCACUGGAAGCCAUCGUUCAAUCGGUGCUUCUCGUGCUUGAUAAACGUCAGGCUGCCAGUGACGCUGCUUGGUGGCCUCAACAGCCCCGCCGCGGGGUACGACAGUGGCAGAGUGCUCAGGCAGCACAUAGCUACUGGGGCGAGUGGUCUGAGGACAGCCAAGACAGCGACUACAACUGGAAGUGGUGGGAACCAGCUUGCAUCACUUCCUCCUGUUGGCAGGGUCAAGACCCUGAAACGGGAUGGUGGGAUCCCGAAGCUUGGACCUCUUGGUGGGCUGAUCCCCACUACCAAGGUGUGAGCUACACGGACGAGGGUCUCUACGCCUCAGGUGACCAGGCCGAUGAACCGGCCACUUGGGCGUCCGCUCCCGUUUCUCAGCCUCCUCGGAGGCAGACUGGCUCUUGUCCGCCACCCAAGGAGGCUUCCGAAGGAGGGCCUAAUAAGAAGCGCAAAGUUGACCCCCAACAGUUCCCUGAGCUCCUCAAGGUCAACGCUCCUUCGAAGAGUAGCAAGUAUGCUCUCCGCAUCGAACCUUCCGAAUGGAACUCUGAAAUCGUGCUGACUACGGUCCCUCAGAUUCAAAAGGCCUUGGAAGAAGGAGCGGAACUCCCUGGUAACCUCGUUGUCAGUCGCAGUUCCACCUGCCUCGAAAGCCUUCUCAACCUUGUUGAUGCUUUCGAAAUCAGUGACACACCGGUUACCGUUAUCUCAGCUUGGGCUAGCAUGCUGGGAUGCAAGGUCAAUGAACUGACGGGAGGCACAUGGGAGACGUUGCAUCUUCCCAGAGGCUCAUGCCUCUCAGGUCACGUGAGGGUUCCGCUGGCUCUGGGUCGCAAAGCCGCUUCGCUCAGUGGAAAGAGGGGCCUCUUUUCGACUCUCGUCUCGAAAGGUGAGACGAAAAGCCCGGUCGCCUGGAUGCCGCUUGAUCAGGACGUCGAUGAUGAGCAAUACUUUCGGGUUGCUAGUGCCUCUGCUGAGGCGCAGGGAUGGGAUGUCCUCUCGUUUUGCGCCAGUCCAAACGUGCUGAUCUUGGAGUGGUCGGAGGGCAAUGCUUCCAAGGAGGACGUUGCCGAAUUCUUCGAAUCGGCCAACUGGACUGAAGUUGAGGUUCUUGCUCGUAGACGUAGCUGGUCAAAAAACAAUACUCCCGAGUGGGUUGUCAAGGCCCUGCCUCCUGAAGGUUCCCAAGGCCCCUCGUGGUCGUACUCCGAUGUCGACUCAUACCUCACUAUUGCUGAGGAGCCUCACCGUAAAAAGAAGCCUGUUGAGAGCGUCAAGGUCCAACCUCCCAAAAAGAAGUGGAUUGACCGGCCCCCCAAUAGGUCUGCUAGCAUUCAACCUACGCAAAUCGACCUUUCGGAUGACGACGAGGAAAGCGCUUCCGAGACCUUGCGAGCUACUGGGGCUACUACGGCUAAAGCUGAGACGAGAGCUAGAUCCAGAUCGCCCAAGAAAGAAAAGAGUAAACCUGCCAAGCAUGUUGCUGCUGCCAGGAAGUUCACACCCGAUGAGACACUCCUUCAGGACCUGGGGCCGUGGCUUCUGCAGGAAGCGGGCGGAACUGGUGACUGCGGCUACCGUGCCACAGCCACUGCACUGCAAGUCAACCAAGGCAAACCGGCUUUAACUGAUGAAGAUCUCAAGCUUCAAGCUUCAACACUGCGGCUCCUUGCCGUCACACACAUGAGUAAGCAUAAAAAGAAGUUUGAGGAGAGCUUUUCCCCGGACCCUGACGAAUGCCCUGAUGUGUGGGGUGGUCACGAGGCUCCAGGUGAUUUCGACUCCUACUUAAAACUCGCGCCCAAGCGCGAAGUGUGGAUUGAUGAGCUUCAGUUGAGAUCUCUUGCCGAAAGACUGGGCUCACCUAUAGUCGUAUGGGCCUUCAAUAGCAGCUGCGGCACUUGGUUGAGGUCAGUGUAUGCGCCCUUCUGGGCUAAUGACACUGCUCAGGCUGCCAAAAAGCAGCGACCCAUCGUACUCGCCCUCAGGGAUCGUCAUUACCGUGCCUUGGUUCCGGCAGAUCCAGCUGUCGCUGUGCCGGAGUCUUGGCUGUGGCGCACUGAGUACACGGGUACUGACAAGCUUAGAGGGGCUGGCGCUCUCUCUGAGGCUUUGUCAGUCUCCGCAAGCACCCCACGUCGUGCUCUUUCCCUCCCUGGCAGCACCCCCAAGCGUUGCCAGCCCUCGUCUCUUCCUUCGGCUACUCCCUCCUGUCCUGGGGGUUCAGGCUCUUUUUUCUCGCAGGGCUCUUCUCGAGGCCUGGUUUUGGGCCCCAAACCUGGGUGUUUUUCUUCCGAGGAUCCCGUGCCUCUUCCUAAGGGCGCUUCCGGCUGUAGUUCUGGUUCUGCGCGGGCUGCCUUUCAGGGUCAGAAACGCAAGGCUGCUCUUUCGCUCCCUUGUUCUACUCCUAUAAAGGCCCCAAGCUUGGAGCACACUGGUGAAGACAAGAACCGGGCCAACCUUAGUGCUCUUCUUGGCCCUAAUGGUCUUCCUAAACGUCUUAGGAUCAUCGGGAAAUGCAAAGGCUUCAGAUGUCUUGGCAGUGCUUGUCGUCCUUCUACGGGCCCCUCUGCCUCUAGUCACAGUGACAUCGCUAACCUUAAUGAACUUGAGGAAGGUGAGUCUCCCGAGUCCGACUCCCGUUUGCCCACUGCUCCGAGUACCUCGUCGGGGCCUGGAACUAGACCUAUUGGUAGUGACAACCCUCCGUGGACGUGUCCUAGCUGCGACAUCGUUUUGCGGGCUCCUUGUCACGCCAAACUUAGGGAGAUGGUUUGGAAUCACUGGUGCGUCAAGCAUGUGGGUGAAAAGAUGCCUCCUAACUGCUUGUUUCGUCAAAAGCCUGAACCCGCAGUUGCCUCUGCCAAUAUCCCUCAGGACCAGCGAGACUGGGAAUGCCCGAUCUGCCGAGUUGGGCUCCCCAAACUUGAUCGCAAUGUCAAGACUGCGAGCAUCGAACUUCAUAGAAGCUCGGUUCAUCCCCGCAUGUCUCGCAAACGGAUGUAUGCCAAACGUUGGCAUAAUUGGAAGGAGGUGCAAUACCUCAAAGAAGGACGGAGCAAGAUCUCUGACAAACUCAAAGCUGCGUGCGAUCGUAGUUCUUCCACCAAGGAGUUUGGGGGACAUGAUGUCCGCAGAUUGGAUGCUCCUGAUCUCAGAUCUGGUCGUGGCAGGUACUUGACUUGCUCCAAGUGCAGGCUUCGGGGCCAUGCCAUUACCACGUUCACCCGGGUUAAGUGUCUCGGAAAGCCGGUUCCUGUUACUGGGUCUAGCCGCACGUGGUGGGCCAAGCACAGGUCUUGUGAUGUGAAGUCACUCCUCGCCGCCUGGAAAGUUUCGUUUGAGCAGGCAGACAGCUAUUUUGGUUAUGUUGACUGCGAGGGCCGCUUGCCCAAUGCACCGAUCUUGUCUAAGGAGCAGGCUAAGGGGCACGUCCUCUGCUACGUCGAUCUCGGGGAGCAUGCUGAAUCCUCUAAAUCCACUAAGGUCCUCAGCUGCCUUCGGUGUCGCUUCAUCCGGCAUAACCUCAGCAGGCUCAUCGAGUGCAGAGGACCUUCUGAGGCCCCUCACCCCCUGCAGUGCCGUUUCUGGCACGAAAGGACCUCGCCUGUCAAGAAAAUCAUGUGCAGGGCCUGGAACUGCACUGUUCGAGAUGCUAAUCGGUUUUUCAAGGCCCCUAAACCUGACACCAAGGCUCAGAGCACCGCUAGCCUGCGCUCUUGCAGGAUUGGUGAGGCCAGUAACCCUGGUCCUUCGUCCGCUGGCCUAGGGAAAGUCUCUAAUUUCUCUCGGACUCGUCCAGUGUUUGCUCCUAAGGGCCGCGCUGGGUCUCUUAAGGUUUGUCGCGUCACCCAGACUGUUACCAAGGCUCAGCUUACCGCUGCCUACAACGGGGUUCGAUUUGAGGCCUCCCACCCAGGACCCACUCAGGCUUCACCCUCUGGUCAGGGUGAGAACGUCGUCGUCACUGGGGAGCCAAUCCGACCCUUGUCUGCAAAAGUGGUCUCGUGCAACGUAGGGGGCACUUCUGGUGCCUACGCAGCUGUCAAAGAGUGGCUUUCUACUGACGUUCACGACGUUGUUCUGCUGCAGGAGCUUUGCAUGUCUGAUGCGCAAUGGAGUACUUUUCAGCGUAAGGCACAACGUUGGGGUUUCCAAGCUUACUACCAGAAAGGGGGCGCCAGUCGUGAUGGGUGGGGCAACCCCACUGUCCGUGGUGGCAUUGCCGUGUUCGCGUCUAAGCGCCUGUCUCAGCGGCUGGUGUUCAGCGAUGCUCGCCAGCACUCUCAGCUCUUGAUUGUCGCCGUCGGUGGGGUCCACUUCGGGAGCAUGUACGCCCCCCCAGGGUACGAAGGCUUGCCUCAAGACGAGCUCUGCGAGCUUCUCACUCUCUACAAUAGGACUGAUCUUGCGGCCGCGGCUCAAAGGUGGAUCAUCGGUGGUGAUCUUAACGAAGAGUUUUCUGAUUCCGCGAUCAUUGAUCACGCCGGGCUUUUUGGGGGUCAGGCCCUUAGGCUCGGCCGUUCCACUCGUUGGGAUAGCAAUCGUGAAAUCGAUUUUUUCCUCGUCAAUCGGCCUGCCGAGGUUCAAGCUUUGCGUGCGGGUCAAAUUCGUGUUUCUGAGCACGUGUCGUUGCACACCAGCAUCCAGUUGCGGUGUCGCGAGUCUCGCAGAGGCAUGCUUCGCACUACGCCUGACUUCUCCAAACCUUCUGGGGUCACUGCCAAACGGUGGAGACAGCUUCUUGAUGAGGCCUGGCAGGCCAAUCCUGAGGUCCCCAGCUUCCUCUCUAGUCUUUCGGGGCCUGUCCACCCUGAUGAAGAGUGGUGGUCCUUUCAGGGCCUUUUGCAGGCUGCUUUUCUCGAGGCCCUGCGAAGGGCUAAGCAGGAGGCUACUGCUGACAGCGCAAAUGACCUUGACCUGCGACUGCGAACCGCUAAGGGCCACAAAGGGCGGCCUGGCCAGCACCUGUGGCUGCAAUGGUCAAGCCGUGGCCCUGAGCUUGACACAGCCUCCUUUCAGCUUCGAAAGAAGCGCAAAGCUCUCGCUAGAGCCUGUGAGCUCUCCAGGCUUCGUCGGUCUGGCUUGCCUCAGGAGGACCCUCAGGUCGUUAAGCUGCUUCGUCGUUUACCCAUUCAGAAAGCUGACUUGGGCACCUUGGAGCUGUUCAUACGUAAUACUUCUAGUGAGGUUCAGAAGCAAACGCUUGAAGAGAAACGAGCUGCUAUCUCUCGCUGGAAACGCAACAUGAUCGAGGACCCCAAGGCCCUUGGCAAGUGGCUUCGUUCUAAAGAGGACCCUGCCCCUGCUUGUCUUGUCAACGAACGCGAAGUCGUUGCUGAGUCGUUGGAACAAGGGGCCACGUUUGUCCGAACUUACUGGGAGAGUUUCUGGCAAAAGCACUCCGCUCACAAGCCUUCUGAGGACGAAGUGUAUGCUGUGCUCCGUCAGGGCCUGCCCCAGUGUAGACCUGUCGACAUACCUCCCCCCUCCGCUCAGGAGUUGCUCAGGCAUGCUCGGGCCCAAAAAGGCUCUUGCGGGCCCGAUGGUUGGACUGGUUCCGAACUUGCUCACUUGAGCAUUCACAUGCUUGAUGCCUUUCGCAGGGUUGCUAUGAGGUGGCAUCAGGCCUCUAAGAUCCCUGAGGCUUUGCAUCACAUCAGAAUGGUUAGUCUCCCUAAACCUGGUAAAGCUUUCGAAGGGAAGCUCAAGGUUUCUGACACUCGUCCCAUUAGUGUUCUCAACACCUUCUGGAGAUUGUGGAUCACUACUUGGACGAAAUCUGAUGGCAUGAAAACUUGGGUUUCACUGAACCUCCCGCCUGAGAUCCGCGCUAGGGCCGGCCAAGCUGUUCCCGCGGUUGCUUCUUCCAUCCUCGAAGAGUUUCAUACUCAAGGGCUUCUUUUGAGUUUGGAUUGGUCCAAAUGUUUUGAUACGCUGUCCCCUGUUGCUACCACACGUAUCAUGCAGGACUUCGGCCUUCCCAAGGGGUUGGCAGACAUAUGCUGUGACCUUUGGACGCAUCAGGUUCGCUGGAUCUCGUGGUCUGGCACCUGUUGUGAGCAGCCGCUACACACUAAGGUUGGAGUCCCCCAGGGCGACCCGCUUGGACCUCUCGUCACUGCCCUUUGGGCCACUUGUGGGUCUAACCUCGUCAAACAACGGCUCCCUGAGCAUGUCCGUGGCGAUGCUAAAACCUCUGUCUUUGUCGACGACCGUACUGUUGUUGCUUCCAAGCCCGAAACCAUAGUCGCCUCCAAGAGAGAAUGGUUCCGUUGGAGUAGCCAAGUUGGUCUUGUUGAAAACGAAAGGAAAGUAGUUGUCGCGGCCGCCACUGCGGCAAAAACCAGGGUUGCCGAAGACUUCGGCCUUGCUGAGUUCGUCAAGCCUUACGCUAAGGUGCUGGGGGUCUGCACGGCCGCUAAGAGCAGAACCUCUACUGAGGAAGAAAAGGAGCGCCUGGGCAAGACCUUGCGCACGCUGCGCUUGCUGGCUACUGCUCAGCUGCCUUUUAGGCAGUACCACGCUGCCGUUGCCACCUAUGCUAUGCCCAAGGCUAGCUAUGGGUGGUUCGGUCGCCGUCCUACUCAGGCUGAGACUUGGAAGCUGUGGGCCCAAGUACGCCGAGGCGACGGCGUAUGUCGCUUGGCCAACAAGUUCAUUCGCGGUAUUCUCCUCGGUGGGUGCUCGCACCUUGAGCUCCUUGCUACUCGGCACUUGUUGUCUGCAGUCACGGCCUCGGAUGACCGAAGUGUGCAGAGAUGGAAUGGGCCUCGUGGACACCCGGUUCACACCUUGCGGGGCUCUUUGCUUGAUCAGGGCUGGUCUGUCACUAGGCCUUGGGUGCUUGAGCACAGCUCCGGCCACCGCCUUGAUCUCAGAAUCGGACGGCUGCCCCACGCUAAGGCUGCUCAUGUUUUGCGUGAGGGUUGGAGGGCUCAUCUCUUCGGCCGCUUUCUUCAGUCUGACAGACAUGAGACUUCUGAGUGGCAUGCUCUGCCAGAUUGGAGGCCUCUUUUCCGUAAGGUUGCUCUUGAGCCCACUCGUAAGUGGUUGUUUUCUGAGCCUGCUGCUCGUACAGUCGCCCUGCUAGCUGCUGCCAGCCCUGCUUGGAAUGUCCCAGGGUCUUCGGACCGCUGUAUAUGGGGAUGUGGUGCUCUUGGUAGUUGGGAUCACAUCUGCUGGCAAUGCCCUCUGAGGCCUUGCUCCAUUUGCAAACCCAGUUCUACAUUUCUGUCGAGACUGGGGUGGACUGUUGACUCAGGACAUGCUUCUCGCCGUGCUCAGGUUUGGCUCGUGCAGGUCGUCAAAGCCAUCUGGGCUGACCGGCACGAUGGCAGUGCUGUCUAG